AUGCGUAAUACAUUGAAGACUUGCUCAAGAGAUAAUCCUAUGUGUCAAAUUGGCAUUAGUGAAGAAAAGAUGUCUCCGAAUGAUGACAGCCAUCACCGUCUCGACGAAUUAAUUAAUCGUCACAAUGAUAUCAAAUAUUUCGUAGAUUUGUACACAGCUGCAUUACAUUUAAGACAACGAAUGAAAGAAGAAAAAUUAAUCUAUUCAUCCUAUUCAGCGUACUUCAACGACGAAAAUAACAAUGCAAAUAAUUUCUGUUCCCUAUUUCAUAACUGUUUUCAUUCAUACGAAAUCAUUAAUUGGUUAAUUAAAAAGCAACUCUGCAAAACGAUCGACGAUGGUCUCGAAAUCUUUCAAGUUCUUGAAAAGCUGAAAAUCAUACAUCACGUUUGCGAUCUAAAUGGCUUUGAAUAUUCAGCAUCGCUACCAACACAGAACAAUGUGAAAUAUUUGUAUCGGUUUCGUCUGGAUGAUGGUACGGCUGAUGAAAACCGGUCGUUUCAACAAUUUGCUUUGAUUUAUGACAUGUACAUAAGUUUAUUUACCUUGGAUAAAAGUCAAUGUCGUGGAGUUGAUUUACAACAACAAACAAUUCCGACAAAUCCAUACGAAGAACAAUCAGGAAUCGUACUAAAAGGUGAUAAUUUAGCUCGAAUGCUGGCAUUACGUAGUAGUGCAAAUAUGUCACAUAUUGAACGACUUGCUGACGAGAUGAUUACCUACGGUCUUGUUCGAUUUGAUGAAUGUGAUCGAGAAUCUGAAUGCGGCUGCUCAAGAAAAUUUCGUAAUGAUGAUCAUCAUCAAUAUGUUCUUAGUAAUUCUCAUCGAUUAACACCUAAACAGCGUUUGGAUUUGAUUGCUCUGAUGCAAAACGAUCUUACUGAUACAAGACAAUCAUUUUUAAGAUCUCCGAUAUUACACGAGACAAUUCGAACAUCGAGCAGUAACAAUUCCAUCAUAGGUGAUGAAUCAAGUCGAAAAAUAUCGACUAGUGAAGAAGUUGAUUGUACAACAAAAUUAACUUGCUCAACAGAUGGUUUUCGACGGAAAAAAUCCGCAAGUUUGAAUUCACCAGCUAACUCCGAACAUCGUCCGACGGCUGAUGAACUCGAACGACGAGAUUUACCGUGGUGUUGGCGAAGUUAUUCACUGAAGCGCGAUCGUCGUGGUUAUGGAUUAAUUCUUCAGGGUCAAGGACCGUGUUAUGUCGAAAGAAUCGAUCCAUACGGUUCAGCAGCCACAUCAGGAAUUCGAAUCAAUGAAUAUCUUUAUGCAAUUGAAGGUAUUAACGUUCUUCGUCGUUCAGGGAAAGAAGUCGAGCGUUUAUUAUCCAUGUUCGAUAAGUGUACAAUUUACACCGUAUAUAAUCGUGAUGAUUUUUAUCAAAUACCUACACCACCAAAUGAAUUCAAUGGUAAAACUCCUGUUUGUUGUUUAAAACCUUUAUCAUCAUCACUAAGUGACUACAACAAUAAUCAUCAUACCAAUGGUUUAUUAACGACGAAUAUAUAUCCUCUAUUAACACAAAUACCUCAACAGCAACAGCAUUCACAAGUGUUAUUUUCGUCAUCUUUAUCAUCGUCGAUCGAUGGCAGUUCGUCGUGUUCGAUAUCGCCGAAACAAGUUCAACAAUACUCGAAUACGAAAAAAGGCGCUUUGUCGAAACACCUUCAAUUCUUUCGCUUAACAUCUCGGUCGUGCUCGAACACAUUGAAAUAA